AUGCAUAGAAAAAAUACACAGCGGUGGCAAAAUUCCUUAAGGCACAACUUAUCUUUUAACGACUGCUUUAUUAAAAUUCCUAGACAACCCGACAGACCUGGCAAAGGAGCAUAUUGGGCAUUACAUCCUGCUGCUUUUGACAUGUUCGUGAAUGGAAGCUUGCUACGGCGAAGAAAGCGCUUCAAGUUGUUAAAAAGUGACAAGGAAAUAUUGGAAAAUGAGCUAGCAGCCCUUACAAAUAUAAAUAGGAUAUUUUUCUCGCCCCCGAAUGCUCCCGUGGACGUAAAUCCUGCGGCUCAUCCGACGGUAGUAGCUCCACAACCUUCGCCGCCGAUUAUUACGAAGACUCCUGAAACUGCCGUCACGUGCAUAAGGCCGAAAAGGUCCUUUACUAUAGAAAGCUUAAUCUCUCCAGACAAACCGACGCCAGUGGUUCCUAGUGCUACACACAUCGUACCCCACGUUCAUCCCUGGAUGUUAUCGACGUACGACUUAUCGUUUACUAAUCCAAUCCCCCUAAUGCCCCCUUCUGCAGCUCAUUACGAGGCUUAUGGACUUGCUUCUGCUGAAGAACUAUUUAGAGUUUCACAGUUAUAA